AUGGGACUCCAUCAUGUCGAGGUCACUUACGAUGGGGCCCCGGUGCCCAGCAGUCCGUUUCCUGUCUCCGUCAUCCCAGGCUGCGACCCGACUCGAGUGCGAGCUUUUGGACCCGGCCUGGAAACGGGUAUGACGCAUGAAACGGCCCGCUUCACGGUGGACCUGGACGGCGCCGGUCAAGGCGGUCUUGGGCUGGCCAUUGAAGGACCGGCAGAUGCUCAAAUACAAUGUAAAGACAACAAGGAUGGCACCUGCACUGUCGACUAUCUGCCUACCAAGUCUGGUACCUAUGAUGUCUUUAUCAAAUUCAAUGACAUCGAUAUACCAGGUGAGAAUGAGCCAGGUUAA